GUCACGCUGUCACUAUUUAUAUUUAUCGUUAAAUUUUGAUUUUGAUUGGGGAAUCGUUUUCAUAACAUUUAUUGAAUACAUAAUUAACCAUUAUAUAGUUUUAAUGAUAAUAAACUAGUGGCCAAGAAUGAGACGGACUUACGGAUCUAAAAAAGAUGACGGUAACUUAGACCACAAAAAUAAAAUUGAUGCCCGAAGUUCGGCUUUCGAUGCAUUUUACAUUCACAACAUAAAGUUAAACAAAAAAGAAACUUCUUCUUCUGCAUGUUCUAAUCAGAUUAAUGUGGCUUCUAAGAAGAUUCGCAAAAGGAAAUACGUGAAGCGAAUUGUUAAAGAUGCGUCACAACGGGAGUUACCGCAUCCUGGCGAUCCCGGGGCCCAGUCGGUGCUCCUCACUCCGGACAAGUCCAUACACGUCAAUAAACCUCCGGAUCCUUUCGAUCUGCUUUUGAGAUCCUCCCCUACAUUGGCAAAUAGUCCUAUUUUAGUAAAAAAAUCGAGAGAAAAACUAAACAUUAAAAAGAAUAUAAAAUACAACUGUUCUUUUGUUGAUUGUACAGGUUGUGAGAAUGUAAAUGCAACCAAAGCAAAUUCCUUGUGUUGUAACACUUCUGAUGUUAAAUCUCACCAAUUGAUAGUUGAAGUAGAAGAUACCAGCGACCCAAAAUACCAUGAUGAAUCCAUCAGUAGAAUAGUAAAAUGCAUGCCAGUUCUUAAUGACAUCAAUAUAGAUCCUCAUUUCAAAGGUAUUAAGGAUAACCAUAGACUCACUGCCACUUAUAGAAACUCUCCAGCGGCAGGAAAUUCUCCACUUUGUAGUACCCCAUUUCAAGUUAAAUAUAGAUGUAAAUCAAUCUUUAAUAUUUCACCAAUCUCAAAAAAUAUAAACAAUAGCCCUAAAGUGGUGAUCAAUACUCUGAAUGGAAGUAGUUCAGGGGAUGAAGAUGAUAACAGAUCCCAAUGUGAAACAUCUGCUAAACUACAAUUCUCAUUAGUUACCCAUGAUACAAAUGGCAAAAGAAAUGAGGCAGCAAGCAAAGCUCAUACCACUGUCAAGCAAGCAAACUUAAGCUUAGAGACUGAAGAGCUUCAUACAUUUUCAACAUCUGAACUGGAACCAUGCUAUGGAUUUGCCAAGACAUCAGUAACUGACGACAACAACACACAUAUUGUUCACAUUCCUAAAUGUCUUAAAAAUCAUUCAAAUGAUAUUGUUUCGAAAAAAUCAAUAGGUCAAUCUUUAACAGAAUGUAAAAACCAAAAAUUUGAACAAUUUGAAGAUGAAGUUUCAACAUGUGUCCAAGAUUGCCUUCUAUCUGAUUCUUCUUUACUUGAAGAUAAAUUAAAUACAAUUGGAAAAUGUACAUCAAAAAAUAGUAGUUGUGACAGUGGUAAUAUAGAGUGUGCUGACAGACCAGAGACUGCACGCCAAUGCAAUAGGAUUAACUUUAAUCAGUAUAAAAGUAAUUCAUGUUUACACAAUGAAAAUAAUUAUUUACAUAAGCCUAAUCUGGUAGUUGCUUUAGAAAAGAUGGAUGAUGCCAUAUUUUGCAAAUAUUACAAAAAGUACAAAGGUACAGAAACCAUGAGACACCAAUUUAAGGUUUUUAAAGACCUUACUAACUUUGAACAAAAAGAGAAUUUUACUGAAUUAUCAAAUGCUUCGUACAACACGGAUUGUGGCGAUAACUUGGAGGAAAAAGAGAACCUUAUUGAGUUAUCAAACAAUUCAUACAACAAAGAUUGUGGCAAUAACAUGGAGGAAAUCGAGAAUCAAAUUGAGUUAUCCAACAAUGGCAAUAACUUGGAGGAAAAAGAGAACCUUAUUGAUUUAUCUAACGAUUCGUACAACAUAGAUUGUGGCGAAAACAUGGAGGAAAUCGAGAAUCAAAUUGAGUUAUCCAACAAUGGCAAUAACUUGGAGGAAAAAGAGAACCUUAUUGAUUUAUCUAACGAUUCGUACAACAUAGAUUGUGGCGAAAACAUGGCGGAAAUCGAGAAUCAAAUUGAGUUAUCCAACAAUGGCAAUAACUUGGAGGAAAAAGAGAACCUUAUUGAUUUAUCUAACGAUUCGUACAACAUAGAUUGUGGCGAAAACAUGGCGGAAAUCGAGAAUCAAAUUGAGUUAUCCAACAAUGGCAAUAACUUGGAGGAAAAAGAGAACCUUAUUGAUUUAUCUAACGAUUCGUACAACAUAGAUUAUGGCGAGAACAUGGAGGAAAUCGAGAAUCAAAUUGAGUUAUCCAACAAUGGCAAUAACUUGGAGGAAAAAGAGAACCUUAUUGAGUUAUCUAACGAUUCGUACAACAUAGAUUGUGGCAAAAACAUGGAGGAAAUCGAGAAUCAAAUUGAGUUAUCCAACAAUGGCAAUAACUUGGAGGAAAAAGAGAACCUUAUUGAGUUAUCUAACAAUUCGUACAACACAGAUUGUGGCAAAAACAUGGAGGAAAACGAGAAUCAAAUUGAGUUAUCAAACACAACUUGUGACAAUAACUUUUAUUCUAUGGAUAGUUUUUCAUCAGAGAAUACAAGUCAAAGAUUUGAACAAACCUUUGAAACAAACAUCAGCCCAAAAGAAGAUGCAGGAAUAAGUUAUGUAACUACCCGGAGGCGACAUGAAGUUGUCAACAACUCAAUAAUAAUUUUACCUGAUAACUCUUUUAGUAGUUGUGAUGUUAAAAGAGAUGUGAGUGCAAUAUGUGAUAAUACAUUUGAAUUGCCUGAAAAUGAGAAAAGUUAUGCUGCAUCCUUAGAAGAAUAUGUUGAAAGAGGAAUUGUGUCAAUGAGCAAUGAGUCUGCUGCGGACAGCAUUGCAUCAAAGCAUGAAGAUAUUUUGUUGAGAGAUGAAGUUCCCAACAGGAAGGGGAACAUGUCCGACGUCGAAAGCAAUGGCACACGUGAACGAGAUGACACGAAGUUGACGGAUCGUGAUAUUGUUAGUGGGCCAAAAGUACCAAUAGUAUUGCAGCCCGGAAAGAAAUGGGAACGGUCAUUAAGUAUUUAUAAAAGAAUGACAUCAAUAGUGGACAUCAACCAUUCUCUUCUAGACUAUAAACAAACAGAAAGUAAAGGCAGAAAGUACAGACAAAGUGUAAUUGACACCAUGCAAAUGCAGAAAUCAAUUUGUUCCCUCCAUAAUGAAUCAAUUAAUGGUCGGAGAAGUACUUUUAUUUGCAAACCAAGCAGGUCCACAAUAAAACUUGUAAAAGAAAAUUGUAAUUCGCGGGCAAGUUUAUGUCCGACUACAGCUUAUGAAGACUUAAAAGGAUUUCUGUCCGACGACUGUGAUGAUACGAUCGUCGAUUUAUCAAAAUUGUCCAUCGGUGAUUCGGUGCAUGAAGUGACUGUGGUUGAAAACUUCCAUGAGGCGAGUCGCAUAGCCACCGCUCGCGACUACGUGCUGCGCCGCUGCAACCAGGCCGAGCCCCUGCUCUUUGAUGAAUGCUAUCCGGACACGGCCCUGAAGAACUGCCACAAGAUUGGCGAGGGUGUGUACGGUGAAGUGUUCCUGUGGAGGGCGCGCGACGGGGAAGCACGUGUGCUCAAGGUCAUCCCCAUUGCGGGAGACAUCAAGGUCAAUGGAGAGCCGCAGAAGGGCUACCACGAAAUUAUCUCUGAAAUUGUGAUUGCUAUGGAAUUGAGCGCCCUGCGCGCUCCCAUACCCGACAUUGAGAAACGCUUGGAUGAAGGAAAAGAGCUUGAUUCCUUGGAUUUGCGUUCUGUAGAGAACGCCACAGACAUUUUUAACGAGGUGCUGGCUGUGCGCUGCGUGCGCGGCUCGUACCCGGCGCGGCUGCUGGAGCUGUGGGAGCUGUACGACGAGUGCCACGGCUCAGAUAACGACAACCCCGGCGCGCUGCCGCAACACCAGCACUACCUCGUGCUCGAGCUGCGCAACGCCGGCCGCGACCUCGAGAGCUACAGCUUCACCGGCGCCGACCAGGCGUACGCCGUGCUGCUGCAGCUGGCGUUCGGGCUGGCCGUGGCGGAGGAGGCGCUGCAGUUCGAGCACCGCGACCUGCACUGGGGCAACGUGCUCGUCUCCCCCACAGACCAGGAGUACGCGACGUUCCUGCUGCGCGGCCGUGUGCACCGCGUGCCGCGACGUGGCGCCGCCUGCGUCGUGAUCGACUACUCGCUGUCGCGCGUGUCUCUGCGCGGCGCCGCGCUCUACUCGGACCUCGCCGACGACGACUCGCUCUUCGAGGCCGUCGGCGACCGACAGUUCGAAGUGUACCGCCUCAUGCGCGACCGCCUCGGCAACGAGUGGAAGAACUUCGAGCCGUACACGAACGUGCUGUGGCUGCACUACGUGGCCGAUAAGAUGGUGACGGCGCUGCGCUACGAGCGGCCCAACACCAAACUGCAUCGACACUACCUCGGCCGGCUGCGAGCCGCGCGCCGCCACCUGCUCGCCCACGCCAGCGCCGCAGACUUCGUGCUCGCCCACGCCGCCCACGCCGACCUCUGAUCGCGCCCACGCCCUCGCCCACCGCACACGCCCACGCCCACGCCCACGCCCAUAAAAUGGAAGCCGCGAGCCGCCUCGCCGCUUUCCUCGACGUUGUUCACUCGCAAACGAUUAUUUAUAGUAUUGUCAUCAGAUUAGAAAGACGUCGGCCGUCAGGUGCCUUCUUAGUUAAAAUAGUGCCUUCGUUCGGGCUAAAUAAAUUUUCCUAUUGUGUUCCAA